GAAGCAAUGGCAGCCCGCAUCGAAGAAGACGUCGCGGGGAAAGGUGCCAAGCCAUGGGAAGCCCGCGCCUGGGUGGCACUCUUACGCUCCGACAAGCUGACAGUCAACUUCCGGGGGACCACGCUGAUCCUGGACCAAACCAACGGCGUCCGCCAAGGCAGCCCCGAUAGCCCCGUUGCUUUCGGCUCUGUGGUAGCUCGAGACCUCGACGACUGCAUCGGGAAAGCGAAGGACGAUAAACCCACAACGGGGGAUCCCCCUCCCGAAGAUGGCGGCAGCUACAUGGACGACACCUACAUCUGGUCCAUGUCCCGUGACCACAUGCAGAAAAUGCUGGACCUGCUGGGAGAAAGACUACCACAUAAAGGCCUCUUCCUGCACCCCGGGAAAGUCGACAUCAUCAGCAACAAGACGCAGACCAGUUUCCGAGUUGCGGGAAAAGAUGUCCAGACCAAGGGGAAAGACCACAUUAUGACUGUCCUCGGGAGCCCCAUGGCAUUCCACCUCACGCCGGCCAUCGUCAUAGCGGCCAUGCAGACAAGGGGGAGGAAGGCCUUCUGGACCCACCGGGGGGAGUUGAUGGCGAAGGGGGGAUGGUGA